AUGGCCUUUCCCCGCCUCCUGCUAGCCCUAUGCUUCCUGCUAACACGCUCCCUCACCAGCGCCUACGACGCCCCCCUCGUCACUCUAGACUAUGGCAGCUUCCAGGGCAGCUAUGAUGCCACCUACAAUCUCUCCUACUUUCGCAAAAUCCCCUUUGCAGCACCAGCCACAGGCGAGAACCGCUUUCGAGCUCCCCAGCCCCCGCUAAACAUCACUACCAAUGGCACCUACGACACCGACCAAUCCUUCGACAUGUGCCCUCAACGCACCGUCAACGGCUCCGAAGACUGCCUCUACCUAGGCCUCUACUCCCGACCCUGGGACACCACCUCCACCACCACCAACCGCCCCGUCCUCGUCGUCUUCUACGGCGGCGGCUUCAUCGAAGGCGGCGCCCUCUUCGGCAUGCCCCCCAACGCCUACCCCGUCCUCAACGUCAGCACUCUAAACGACUACAUCGUCAUCUACACCAACUACCGCGUCAACGCCUUCGGCUUCCUCCCCGGCCAAGCCAUCAAAGACUCGCCCACCUCCGACCUCAACCCUGGCCUCCUCGACCAACAAUACGCCCUGAAAUGGGUCAACUCCCACAUCCACCACUUCGGCGGCAACCCCAACAACGUCUCCAUCUGGGGCCAAUCCGCCGGCGGAGGCUCCGUCGUCGCCCAAAUCCUCGCCAACGGCCGCGGCUCAAACCCCAAACUCUUCUCCAAAGCCCUCGCCAGCUCGCCCUUUUGGCCAAAAACCUACGCCUACAACGCCCCAGAAGCAGAAGCCAUCUACGCUCAGCUUGUCAACCUGACGAACUGCACCACCGCCUCCGACACCCUCAAAUGCCUGAAAGAGGUAGACGUCCAAUCCAUCCGCGACGCAAGCCUCAUCAUCGACGCAGACAACACUUACACCACCUCAUCCUACACCUGGGCCCCCGUCAUCGACGGAACCUUCCUCAUCGAACCCCUCACUUCCACUAUCUCUUCCAACUCCCUAGAUACAGACCUCAUCUGGGGCAUGUACAACGCCCACGAAGGCGAGAACUUCAUCCCCCCAGGCCUAGAAGACACAGACACCACAAACGGAUUCAACUCCUCUCUCGCGUCCUUCCAUACCUGGUUAACCGGGUUCCUCCCCGGUCUUGAUACAAACGAUAUCGACCUCAUCUCAUCGAAAUAUUACCCUGUUUCAGGUACAGCAGAGACAUUAUCCUAUAAUACGACGUUCGUACGCGCAGGGCUGGUGUACAGAGACGUGGUCCUCGCGUGCCCGGCGUAUUGGGUUGCUUCUGCGGCGAAGGAGAAGGGGUAUGUCGGGGAAUAUGUGAUUCCGCCAGCGAGACAUGGGAGUGAUACGGAGUGGUGGGACACCGUUUCAAGCGUACAACAAACCGACCCGUUAAUCUACGACGGCUACGCGGGCGCAUUCGCCAGCUUUUUCCAGACGGGGGACCCCAACGCACAUAAAUUGACGAAUGCGUCGGAGCCCGGCGUGCCGGAGGUACAGGAGUCGGGGGAGGAGUUUGUGAUUGCUACGGAGGGAUUUGAGAAUGUGGGGUUGACGGAGUUGAAGGAUCGGUUAAGUAGUAUCUUGUAG